AAUACCUGGCUCGGGAAUGGAAGCUGGUUGCUUUGGUCCUUGACCGGUUGUUCUUCUUCAUCUAUCUCAUUGCUAUUGUGGUGUCCGCAGUCACCUUGUUUCAGACGCCCAUCUUCAAGGUAGGGAUGGAAGAGGUCAAGUCGGGAGAUCCAGGAGCCACCUGA